AUGAUUGAGUGCUAAGUAUCUGAUCAUAAUAAAGAAGAGAUACUCUAUGCUUGCUUAAAUAUGAAUUGCUAAAUAAAAAGAGGUUGUUGUUUAUAUUGCAUUGAAUAACAUAAUUUACAUAAAUAAGAUUUGAAAUCAAUGAAAUAAAUUACAUUAUGGAAAAAAAAUAUAACUUAAAGUUACGAUACAUAUUCAAAAAAGAUAAGUUAAAUUAUGGAAAUAAUUGGUUAAGCUUAGUAAUACUUAUCUAAUUUAGGAUAAGAUUUAGAAAAAUAAUUUGAUUAAAUUAUGAAUGAUGAAUUUGAAAAAUAAGUCUUCAAUUUAUUAAGAAUCCAAUAAUUAUCAACAUCAUUCAAUUAAUUAAUAUCUAAUUUAGAGACAUUAAUGGAACCUAUUUCUUAAAUAUUUUCAAAUGUUGAAGCAUCUUCAUAAAACAUAUGUGUUAAGAUCUAAUCAAUUUUAAAUAACUCAAAUGAUAAAUUACAAAUUAUGGAAAAAGAAUCAUAAACUGAAGAAGUUAAAAAGGGAGAGCCAAAGGUUGAACCAAAAAAACAAAAAGUUAAAACAUACAGUUAUUUAAAUAUAAUAGAAAACACUUAUAAAUUAAGGAAGGGAAAUGAUUUUGAUAUACAUUAAUAUCCUAAGUAGUGUAAAUCAUCUAUUGAAAAUCUAGAUGAAUACAAAACUAUUAUUUUAAUUGGAACAUAAAGUUCAGAAAAGUAGAAUCUAAUAAACUUAUUUGUAAAUUAUUAUUAUGGUGUUGAGUUUUAAGAUCCUUAUAGAUUUGAAAUCAUUGAUGAUAUCGACAUAAAAAAAGAAAAACAAAAUGAUGAAUAUGAAAAAAUGAAAGUAUAUUAUAUUACUCCAUAAAAUGGAAAAUCAGGACUUAGAAUUAUAUAUACACCAGAUUAUAGUGACGAUCUAAAUUAUGAUGAUCAAUAAAUUUGCACUAGCAUAUAUAAUGUAAUAUCUAAUUCAGCUUAACUUAAUUAAAAUAUUCUAAUUGGAUUUUUAAUUCCAAGAAAAGUGUAAAUAGGUUCCUUUUUUAUGUUGGAAUCUAUUUUAUCUUAAUUAUCAAAUAAGUUAAUUAAAAACAUUGUCUUUUUAUUUCCUGAUUCUACAGAUGAAUCUCCUAAAUAGAAGGAAAUAUUGUAAUCUAAAACACAAAAAAUUAAUGGAAUACAAUCUCCUGUUUUCUAAAUGAUACCAACCAUGAAUCAUUUUUGGUAUCUCAAAUUUAAUACUAAUACUUUAUUUAAUUAAAAUAAAAACUAAGACAAUUAAUACCUUUGGGAACUGGGCAAGAAUAAUUUUUAAUUACUUCUUCAAAAUUAUUUAUAAAAUAAAAUCAAUUUAAAUUCACUAUAACAGAUGAAAUAAUAAUAUGAUUAGUUUAUUAAUAUCAAGUUAACAGGUGUUCAAUAACAAUUGAAGAAUAAGUAUUAUGAGUUGUAUCGAAGAGACAAUUUUGAUUGUAAUUUUAAAAUCAUAUUUGAGCGAUUUAAAAAAGAAAUAAUUCCAUUUAUAUCAAAUCAUCAUAUAGAUAAAACUAAAUCAGAAGGCAUAAGUACGUUGAAGCACUAUAAAGGAAUUAUGGAUAAUUAAUAUAAGGAAAUUGAGAAAUUCAAAUCUCUAGACUAAAAAAUAUAUAAUAAAGAUUUUGAAGAGUUUUAUGAUCUGCUUAAGAAUUUUUGGAAUCUUAUGUAAUAAGAAUAUUAUCCGUGGUCUGUAUAUUUCAAAUUUAAUUCAAUUUUAAUAUCUAUAAAUAACUGUUAAUGGAGAUAUUAUCAACAUUUAAUUACCAAAGAACAAAUUUAAAAGCAAGAAGGUUGGGAAGAAAGAGUUAACCUAUUAACUAAAAAGAAAAUCCAAUAUUAUUCUGAUGGUUAUGUUGGAAUGCCAAAUUUAGAUCAAAUUGUUAAAGAAUGGUACGAUAAAAAUAUUAGAUCAAAAUGGAGAUAUGUAGAAUAUAGUUCUAUGACUUAUAAAGAAUAUGAUAAAGUUUAUCAGAUUUGUGAUUAUGAUAAAAUUUCAGUAUCUGAAAUUUUUUACAGAAUAGAUUAGGGUAGUUAAAAGGAAAUUGACAUUUUGAUUCAGAAAAUUUGGGAUUCUGUAUUAAUUUGA